GAGAAGAGGCCGAUGCAGAAGAAAAGAGUCGAACCCGACGCCAUGGCUUGCCCGACCUUCAGAGAUCUUGGAGGCUAUCGCUUCAUCUCCCCCGUCCAUUACGGCUCGCCCAAGAGCAUCUCCGCCGCCUCUCCCCCUCCACAAUCGCUUCGACAGGAUGAGGAAGAGGUCGAGAGUGACGAGGGCGAUUUCGAAUUCGAAUUCGCUCUCGCUCUCACCGACCCUGAGCAUGGCGAUGAAACGAUCACCGCGGACGAGAUCUUCUCCGACGGCCGGAUCCGCCCCCUUUGCCCUGUUUUCGGCCGCGGCCUUCCCAUCGCCGACGGCCCAGUGGACCGCGACCAAAUCCACCGGCUGUUGGGCAAGAAGCCGUAGCGGGACUCCGGCCUGGACUCGACGCCGUCAUCGUCGGAGGUGGACGAUCUCGAGCGGGUCGUCCCUGGGACGUACUGCUCGUGGGCACCGAGGCCGUCCGAGGCAGCGGCGCAGGGGCGGUGCAAGAAGAGCAGCUCCACGGGGUCGUCGCUGCAAUGGCGGAUCCGGGACCUGAUGGCGAGGCGGAGCCAGAGUGACGGGAAGAAGAAGGGCAUGUUCCUCGCGGCGAAGGAGAGGAGGGGGAACAAGAAGAAGGCGGAGAAGGGCAGCCCACCUCGGAGCCAUCGAAGCGAAUCCGAGGUGGCUGUGAAGGAGGGAAAGGAAGAGAAGAACGGGAGAGGGGGGAACGGAGGCGUAAAGGCGGGCCAGUGGGAUAUCGUCACUGCCCACCGGGUGUACUACGGGAAAGGCGGUGAGCAGGCGGCAAGACGCGGCCCGCGGCAGUUGUUCUUGCCGAACAAACGAAACGUGUUCGGGUUCUUCGCCAACGUCAAUGGCAUCGCCCUAAGGGCCAUGGGCGCUCCAAGACUCCAUCUCCUUUACGCAAGCUAUCCACACCGCAGAGCUCAUUGCGUGGCUGUGACGAUGGUUUGGCCGCUUACGUUAAAGCUUCACUCUCCGGUCUCCAUAUCAAACGGGUGGAGGAGGAGCGGCGCGGGACGAUGAACCGAGGCCGGAAACCAGCCCACGUCCCUCGUCUUCCUCCUCUAAUGAUCUCUUUGAACGAAGCGCGCAAUCAAAGCGUCCCGUCCCUGCAUGAUGCCGGCCGCUUGGGUUCGGAGCAUAGGCAGUCUCGUGCGGUCCAACAGGCGCAGGGCCGCUCUCAGACCCGCCAUCGUCCUCUCCAGCCUCGACAGCAGAAACACUCCCACCAAAUCUUCCGCGCAAAAUUCCUUUCCAAGGCCCGACAAGAGCUCCUCUCGCGUCUCUGCUGCCCCGAGCACGCUCACGGAAAUGGAUCCGAUGGAGCGGCUGACUUCGGGGUUCCAGCGCUUCAAAAAGGAGGUCUACGAGAAGAACGCUGCUCUGUUCACUCAACUCGCAGAUGGUCAGAGCCCCAAGUUCAUGGUGUUUGCGUGCGCGGAUUCUCGUGUGUGCCCGUCCGUGGUGCUCGACUUCCAGCCCGGGGAGGCCUUCACCGUCCGCAACAUUGCCAACAUGGUCCCUCCGUAUGACCAGACGAGAUACUCCGGGGUUGGGGCUGCCAUCGAGUACGCCGUCCUCCAUCUCAAGGUUGAGAACAUUGUGGUGAUCGGGCACAGUCGUUGCGGUGGAAUUAAGGGGCUUAUGUCUAUCAAAGAAGAUGGCACCAGAAGCAGUGCCUUCAUAGAGGACUGGGUGAAGGUCUGCUUGCCAGCAUUGGAGAAGGUGAAAGCAAAUCACUCAGCCUUGCCCUUCGAGGAUCAAUGCACCCAUUGCGAAAAGGAGGCAGUGAACGUCUCUCUCCACAACCUGAAGACGUAUCCCUUCGUCAAAGAUGGACUGGAGAAGAAAACACUGAAACUGAUCGGGGCACAUUACAACUUCGUUGCCGGCAGCUUUGAUAUCUGGGAGGUAUGAACCGGAGGCUUAAAGGAGCUCUCAUUGUUGUCGUGCCAGCAUGCGCUUAACUCGGGGUUCUAACAUGGCAAUGUACCGUUCAUCGUUGUACCUUGUUUUCCUUGGAAAAGAAACAUCAACAUGUAUGCAAAAUUCAUCUGUGAUCUGAUAUGGAAGUCUAGCAAGAACAGUUCCCGACAA